AUGGCACCAAAGAAAGACGUGAAGAAGCCUGCUGCUGCUGCUGCCCCUGCCCCAGCCCCGGCCCCGGCCCCGGCCCCAGCCCCAGCCAAACCUAAAGAAGAAAAAAUCGACCUGUCUGCUAUUAAGAUCGAGUUCUCUAAGGAGCAGCAGGAGGAAUUCAAGGAGGCAUUUCUCCUGUUUGACAGAACAGGAGAAUGCAAGAUCACCUUAAGUCAAGUGGGUGACGUCCUUCGGGCUCUGGGCACAAAUCCCACCAAUGCAGAGGUCAAGAAGGUUCUCGGGAACCCUAGCAAUGAAGAGAUGAAUGCUAAGAAAAUCGAGUUCGAGCAGUUUCUCCCCAUGAUGCAAGCUAUCUCCAACAACAAGGACCAGGGAGGCUAUGAAGACUUUGUUGAGGGGCUGCGUGUCUUUGACAAGGAGGGCAAUGGCACUGUCAUGGGUGCUGAACUUCGCCAUGUCCUUGCCACUCUGGGUGAGAAGAUGAAGGAGGAAGAGGUGGAAGCAUUGCUGGCAGGCCAGGAAGACUCCAAUGGCUGCAUCAACUAUGAAGCUUUUGUGAAGCACAUCAUGUCUGUCUGA